CGCGUCUUCACAAUUCUCCGCACAGUUUAGUGCGGCGGACCUAUUCCGGAAGCGUCUCCAGGCUGUUUAACUAACUGUCUAUGGCGGUGACCUGCUUGGUGUUUUCAGCAGUAAAAUGGGCUUGUAACUGGAGAGAAGAAGCAUGUUUACCUUAAAGGCUUUACAGAAAAACAAAACGGUCAAAUAUGGAAUUCCUAUGCUUUUGCUUGUAGUUGGAGGUUCGUUUGGCCUGCGAGAGUUUACACAGAUUCGCUAUGAUGCACAGAGGAUCAGAAAAAAGCUGGAUCCGUCACUGGAAGCCAAAGUAAAUGUCCAGAAGCAGUCAGCCAUGCUGGAGGAGGAGUAUGAGAAGUUGAAGGAGGUGAAUUUGGAGGAGUGGAGGAACAUCCGCGGUCCCCGUCCCUGGGAGGACUCCAGGGAGUACCAGGAGCAGCAGCGCGCCAGGCAGAAUAAAAAGGACUGAGGCCACACACACACACUGUAGCAGUGCGGACCAGACGGGAAUGAACCGAGGCUCCACAAAG